CACCUCCUUCCCCUUCUUCUAUUUUUGCUUUAUCUUUUCUGCUGUUCUAUUUCCCUGUCGUCUUGCUCUGUUUUGACCAAAACAGAAGAAACUAGUAUGAGAAAGCAAAAGCUACAACCCAAACUCAGCUGUCGGCCUGGAUUUGCUUCGUACAUUUAUCGUUUUUUGCUUCCCCAUUGAACCCUACCUCCAGGCCUAAAAUCAUCUAUUUAUUUCUUUAUUUUUAUGUUGGUUUCAAAUUUGGUGCACCUUGAUGAGAUGAUGGUCUUUGAAGAUGUUGGCUCAUUUUCUCUAUUGCUUAUUAGCCACUCUGGCCCUUUUCACGGCGGUGUACAUGCGGGGGUGGUGGCAUGUGGGGAUUUAAUCUGUAUUUAUAUGAGCCGUGCUGUUUCAAGAUUCAUUAUGCUGAAAAUUCGACGGGAUUUAUGCCAUAGCCCAUACUAAAGGCCAUGUGUAUUGGUUGUUACAAACCUGUAAAUGGUAACUGUAUUUGCAGAUCCAAAUGGUCGGAGAUCAUGCCUUUGUAGUAUUUUCCCCACAGCUUCUUUGCUUUGUCUUGUGUUCUUUGUAGGGAGUGCAUUCGUAUCUCCUAAUUACAAAGAGAAAUUAUCAUUAUGGGAAAUAGGUGGUAGUUUGCAGAAUUCCAAAUUCAGCAAAUGCGGGAAUAAUUGCAGACCUCAUGGAAGUGAAGCAUUACCUGAAGGUAUUGUUUCCAAGACUUCUGACUUGGAAAUGCGAGCGUUAUGGGGCACUCCAAAGGCUACUUAUUAUAGAGAUCUUCAACAGUCUAAUAUGAGUUCCACGAGUAAUUUAUUUGCUGUGGCAGUUGGGAUAAAGCAAAAAGAUCUUGUGAAUAGAAUGGUGAAAAAGUUUCUAUCAAGCAAUUUUGUUGUGAUGCUUUUCCAUUAUGAUGGUGUUCUUAAUGAAUGGAGGGAUUUUGAAUGGAGUGAUCAUGUCAUUCACAUUUCUGCAGUCAAUCAAACUAAAUGGUGGUUUGCCAAGCGGUUCUUACAUCCUGAAAUAGUUGCUGAGUAUGGUUACAUCUUCCUUUGGGACGAGGACCUAGGAGUUGAAGAGUUCCACCCUGAACGAUAUGUCUCUAUCAUUAAAAGUGAAGGUCUUGAGAUAUCACAGCCAGCACUUGAUCGUAACAAAUCAGAGGUGCAUCAUCAAAUUACUGCACGUGGGAGGAGAUCAAAAGUGCACAGAAGAACUUACAAGCCUGGCAAUGGUGGGAAAGGUUGUGAUGGCAGCAGUACUGCUCCUCCAUGCACUGGAUGGAUAGAAAUGAUGGCACCUGUUUUUUCGAAAGCUGCCUGGCGGUGUGUAUGGUAUAUGAUCCAGAAUGACUUGAUCCAUGCCUGGGGCCUGGACAUGCAGCUUGGUUAUUGUGCACAGGGUGAUCGAACCAAAAAUGUUGGCGUUGUGGAUGCUGAGUACAUAGUUCAUUAUGGUCGUCCAACACUUGGAGGCAUUGAUAAAAAUGAGGCAUCAUCUAACACUCGUGUAAAAGAUCAUAGAGCUGAUGUGAGGAGGCAAUCCUACAUUGAGUUAGAUGUUUUCAGAAAAAGAUGGAGAAAAGCUGUUGAGGAGGAUAAAUGUUGGAUUGACCCAUAUCAACAGCCAGUGGAAAAGGGUCUCCUUUAAUCUUCCUUUGCUGGUCUUCAAUUUCAUGUAAAAGAUGUAACAUAAUACACCGCAGCUGUUGUUGUAAAGAUAAGGAAAGACCUCGAUCGGGGGAAAACAGGUAUUACUGGCAGGAUAGGUCGAUAUUUGUUAUGCCGGGAUCUUCGGCCGUGGAAUACGUAUGUACCUUUGUUGAGACUUGGUUUGGAAUACACUUCCAUUCUUCCAUUCUUCGUAUAUAUUUAAACUCCUGUAAGUUUGCCAUUCUUUGCAAAAUAUAUUUAUAUUGAUUGCUAUAAGCAGAAAUAGUUAGAAAUCAAGCUAUAACUCUUAUUUGUAGAGUAAAUCUUGUAAUCUCUUGUACAAAAUUAAAAGAAACUUUUGUCAUUGCCAACUUCACUGGCUCUCUUGUAAGUUGAUAUUUUUAUUUUCUAUUUGUUCUUUUUUUUACU